CAUUUGGAGUUUCUCAGCCACUGAAACUUAAUUUUGUUUCAUUUCACAUCCCCCAUUUGGUUAAGAAGAUGUUCUCAGUCCCACGAUGUCAGGUUCAGCUUCAUUCUUGGGAUUCAUAUUCUGAGUUGCCAGGGAGAUUUAUACCCCUGGGAGCCAAGUCCCAUGUGGGGGCAGGGAGGGCAGUGAGUUCUGCUGAAUUGGGUUAGCUGGAGAGAGAGGGCCACAUGUGAGCAACAGAGGUACUCAGGGGGAGACUCUUAGGCACAGUUAUAAGCAGGUUUAGCCUCACCUUUGCAGUAACAAGCUCCAUGAGGGCAAGGACAGUAAACAUUUUAGAUUUAAGAAUCAUUCCCUCACUCCCUAACUUUGCUGGUUACAUGAAAGGUUAUUCCUUAACUAUUCUUUAUUAUCUUAUUAUCAGUGUCUCUGUUUUCUUUAUUGUGAAUAAUAGCUAUUGGGUCUGAAGUCAUUUUCUGUGUUAGUUGCUUAUUUCACAUAUUUUUCACCACCAUUUCUUCCUUUAUCCUUCUGACUUUUUUUUUUUAAUAGCACUCUUUCUCCAGAUGACACAGGCCAACAUGUUAGAGUUCAGAAUCACCUAAUUCUCCUUUGUUUUAACUUAGUAGGCGAGUCUUGCAUUCAUUGGUUCUUACAUGACAGUAAUUAUGCUAGGAACUGCAAAGCCCAAACUUAAUAAGACACUGGUUCUGCUCUUAUGGAACCCAAAGUCGAGGAUUAGGAGAACUUGAGACAAGAGAGGUGGGCAAGAACAUAUCAUAAAGGAACAUGUAUUUCAAGCUGAGAAGUUUGGACCUGAUUUUAUAGAAGUCGGCAAACUUUAAAAGUCAGGGAGCAUAAUGUGCUGGGACCAUAUGUGGAUGGACUUUCUAAACUGGCUGUCACAAGCUACAAGGAUAUAGAAUCUUUGAUGUCUGAGGGUAAUAAAUCUCGUACAGUUGCUGCAACCAACAUGAAUGAGGAGAGUAGUCGAUCCCAUGCAGUCUUCAAAAUCACUCUCACACAUACUUUAUAUGAUGUGCAGUCAGGGACAUCUGGAGAGAAAGUGGGCAAACUGAGCUUGGUUGACUUAGCUGGCAGUGAAAGAGCAACAAAAACUGGGGCUGCAGGCGACAGGCUGAAGGAAGGGAGCAACAUCAACAAGUCCCUCACAACUCUCGGUCUGGUUAUCUCAGCCCUAGCAGAUCAGGGUGCUGGCAAAAACAAGAAUAAAUUUGUUCCAUAUCGUGACUCAGUUCUCACUUGGCUGCUCAAAGAUAGUCUUGGGGGUAACAGCAAGACAGCUAUGGUAGCUACUGUGAGUCCAGCAGCUGAUAACUAUGAUGAAACCCUUUCAACUCUGCGGUAUGCAGAUCGAGCCAAGAACAUUGUUAAUCAUGCUGUGGUAAAUGAGGAUCCUAAUGCACGGAUUAUCCGGGAUCUCCGGGAAGAAGUAGAAAAACUCCGAGAUCAACUAACCAAAGCUGAGGCAAUGAAGUCUCCAGAGCUAAAAGAGCGGCUGGAAGAAUCAGAGAAGCUAAUCCAGGAAAUGACUGUGACCUGGGAAGAGAAAUUAAGAAAAACUGAGGAGAUUGCACAGGAGCGACAGAAACAGCUCGAGAGCCUUGGAAUAUCUCUUCAGUCUUCUGGAAUCAAAGUUGGGGAUAAUAAAUGUUUCCUGGUUAAUCUGAAUGCUGAUCCUGCUCUCAAUGAACUUCUUGUUUACUAUUUAAAGGAACAUACAUUGAUAGGGUCAGCAAAUUCCCAAGAUAUCCAACUAUGUGGAAUGGGAAUUCUUCCUGAACAUUGUAUUAUAGAUAUCACAUCAGAAGGCCAGGUUGUGCUGACUCCUCAGAAGAACACCAGAACAUUUGUAAAUGGCUCUUCUGUCUCCAGUUCUAUACAGCUACACCAUGGGGACAGGAUUUUAUGGGGGAAUAACCACUUCUUCAGACUCAAUUUGCCAAAAAAGAAAAAGAAGAUAGAAAGAGAUGAGGAACAAGACAACUCCAUGAAGAAUGAUAACAGUUCAGAGCAGCUGGAUGUAGAUGGAGAUUCCUCCAGUGAGGUAUCCAGUGAAAUUAACUUCAAUUACGAAUAUGCACAGAUGGAAGUUACUAUGAAGGCUCUUGGGAAUAAUGAUCCAAUGCAGUCAAUAUUGAACAGCCUAGAACAGCAGCAUGAAGAGGAAAAACGGUCUGCAUUAGAGCGCCAGAGGCUUAUGUACGAACAUGAAUUGGAGCAGCUACGAAGAAGGCUGUCUCCUGAGAAACAAAACUACCGUAGCAUGGACAGGUUUUCUUUCCACUCACCCAGUGCUCAACAACGUUUAAGACAGUGGGCUGAGGAAAGAGAAGCAACACUGAAUAACAGCUUGAUGAGGCUGAGGGAACAAAUUGUUAAAGCCAAUUUGUUGGUGAGAGAAGCUAGUUACAUUGCAGAAGAACUGGAUAAACGAACAGAAUAUAAAGUUACGCUACAGAUUCCGGCCUCCAGCCUUGAUGCCAACAGGAAGAGAGCCUCUCUUCUUAGUGAACCUGCAAUCCAGGUGAGAAGAAAAGGAAAAGGCAAGCAGAUUUGGUCUUUGGAAAAACUGGACAACAGGUUGUUGGAUAUGAGGGACCUUUAUCAGGAGUGGAAGGAAUGUGAAGAAGAUACCCCAGUAAUACGGUCUUACUUCAAGCGUGCUGAUCCAUUCUAUGAUGAACAGGAAAAUCACAGUCUCAUUGGGGUUGCCAAUGUCUUCCUUGAGUCCCUUUUCUAUGAUGUGAAGUUACAGUAUGCUGUCCCGAUCAUCAACCAGAAAGGAGAGGUGGCAGGUCGGCUGCAUGUAGAAGUGAUACGGAUCAGUGGUGAAAUUGGGGAAAGAAUUGCAGGAGGUGAUGAUGCCACAGAUAUCUCCUUUGAUAAGGAAACCCAGGAGAACAAACUUGUAUGCAUGGUUAAAAUACUGCAAGCUACUGGGUUGCCCCAGCAUCUCUCCCACUUUGUAUUCUGCAAAUACAACUUCUGGGAUCAACAGGAGCCAGUAACUGUUGCACCUGAAGUAGAUACCUCAUCUUCCCCUGUCAGCAAGGAGCCCCAGUGCAUGGUUGUCUUUGAUCAUUGCAAUGAGUUUUCUGUUAACGUCACUGAAGACUUUAUGGAGCAUCUUUCAGAAGGGGCAUUGGCAAUUGAAGUGUAUGGCCAUAGGAUGAAUGACCCUCGGAAAAACCCAACCCUGUGGGAUUUGGGAAUUAUCCAAGCAAAAACACGUAGUCUUAGAGACAGAUGGAGUGAGGUCACCAGGAAAGUAGAAUUCUGGGUUCAAAUCCUGGAACAGAAUGAGAAUGGUGACUACUGCCCUGUAGAAGUGAUUUCUGCAAAGGAUGUACCAACAGGAGGUAUCUUCCAACUCCGCCAGGGGCAAUCUCGGCGAAUUCAAGUUGAAGUGAAGUCUGUACAGGAAUCUGGGACUUUACCAUUAAUGGAAGAAUGUAUAUUGUCUGUUGGCGUUGGAUGUAUAAAAAUUAGGCCUCUCAGAUCUCCCAAAACUCAUGAGACUUUCCAGGAGGAAGGGGAGGACAUGGAUAGCUACCAGGAUCGUGAUUUAGAGAGACUACGGAGAAAAUGGCUGAAUGCAUUAACAAAACGCCAGGAAUAUUUGGAUCAACAACUACAAAAGCUUGUCAAUAAACAUGAUAAAACAGAGGAUGAUGCUGACCGUGAAGCUCAACUUCUGGAGAUGAGGUUGACUCUAACUGAGGAAAGGAAUGCAGUAAUGGUCCCCUCUGCUGGCAGUGGGAUUCCAGGGGCCCCAGCAGAAUGGACUCCAGUGCCUGGGAUGGAAACACACAUUCCUGUUAUAUUCCUUGAUUUAAAUGCUGAUGAUUUCAGCUCUCAGGAUAAUCUUGAUGACCCAGAAGCUGGUGGAUGGGAUGCUACUCUCACUGGGGAAGAAGAAGAAGAGUUCUUUGAACUGCAAAUUGUGAAACAACAUGAUGGAGAGGUGAAAGCAGAAGCCUCCUGGGACUAUGCAGUACAUAAUUGCCCUCAGCUAAGUAAAGGCACACCAGCAGAUGAGCGCGUGUUUCUCAUUGUGCGGGUGACAGUCCAACUCAGCCAUCCAGCUGACAUGCAGUUGGUGUUACGCAAACGGAUUUGUGUCAGUGUUCAUGGCCGACAGGGUUUCGCUCAGAGUCUCCUAAAAAAGAUGUCUCAUCGAAGUUCUAUUCCUGGCUGUGGAGUCACUUUUGAAAUUGUCUCCAAUAUUCCAGAGGAUGCCCAGGGAGUAGAGGAACGAGAAGCAUUAGCAAGAAUGGCAGCUAAUGUUGAAAACCCAGCUUCUGCUGACUCAGAGGCUUAUAUCGAAAAAUAUCUCAGAAGUGUGCUGGCUGUAGAAAACCUUCUUACUUUAGACCGUCUUCGACAGGAAGUUUCAGUGAAGGAGCAGUUAACAGGAAAAGGGAAGUUAAGUAGGAGAAGUAUUAGCUCUCCAAAUGUGAACAGAUUAUCUGGAAGCCGACAAGAUCUUACUCCAUCAUACACUCUAGGCAGCAAUAAGUGUUCAAAGAUCCAGGGAGAAUGCCGAUGGGAAAGUCAGCAGGAUGUAUCCCAAACAGGACUUUCCGGAGGGAUAGCUUCAGUGCCCCCAACCCUUUCUGGUUGUCUCCAGAAUGAUCAGUCUCCUGAUCCAGGACUUAGUAGCUUAGCAGCAUCCUACUUGAAUCCUGUAAAAUCCUUUGUGCCGCAGAUGCCAAAGCUGCUUAAGUCACUUUUUCCUAUCCGAGAUGAUAGAAGAGGCAAACAGCCAUCUCCUCUUGCACAUCAGCCAGUGCCCCAAAUCAUGGUGCAAUCGGCCCUCCCGGAUGUUGGGGUGACCAGGAUGGAGCAGGUUCAUCGAGAGAAUGUGGGAAUUAGAGAGACAUCUGAGGUGACCGUGCAGAUUCCCUCUGUGGUGAAAAUCUGUGACAAACCAACCAAAGUGCCUACCCAGCAGUCACUUCCUGCAACUAUGCAGGCCCAGGAAGUUCAGGAAGGGCUUCCUAGCCCCCUGAGUGAGGCUUCCAGUGGUUACUUUUCCCACAGCGUCUCCACAGCAACUCUCUCUGAUGCCCUGAUCACUGGCCUUGAUACUGCUGCCCAAGCUGGCAGCCAGACCCCCAGCUCCCCUCCUACUCUGCUCUAUCAGGCCAUCCCUGAGACUGAUCUUCCAUUUCUAGCUACUGUUUUGUGUGCAGAGAAUCAUCUUUCUGCCCAGCUGGAGAAUCAGACCAGCCUCCCAUCACUGUCAGUGCAACCAGUGCAAACUGUUCAGUGCAACAGCAUCGGUGUAUUAAAGGCCAAGGAUUCAGUUUCCUCUGAGAAGCAGAAUAAAGAUCCGGCAAGUGCUUCCCUUGCCUCUGAUACACCAACUUAUUUUCCCACUUCUGCCCCCCAAAAGGAAUCAUCCAGCCAGCAGACUAUAGAAGUUUUUUCGACCACUAAGCAGCUCGGAAGACCAAAGGAUCAAACGAAGCCAGCCACCAGUGUGGAGCUAGAUGUCCCCAAACCGCAGUUGCCUCCUGACCUCCCAUCUCAGUUACCUGCUCCAGCAUCUCCAUUCAGGAUCCAGAAGGUGCGAACUUCUGAGCUAAAGUCAUUCACUCGCAUGCUUGGCGGAGACUCCAGCUGCUCAUCUGGUACUGAAGAGGACCAGCUGGGCUCGGGAGGGUCAGGUGACAGCUGCUCCCGGGGACAGGCCCUGGAAAAGCUGGAAGUUGCCUCGGACUCUGAAGAAGCUAGUGAAGUCCCAGAGUGGCUCAAAGAGGGAGAAUACGUUAAUGUUGGCAUGAACAAAUUGGGUAUUGUGAGAUACAUUGGGCCAACUGACUUUCAGGAGGGGAUGUGGAUUGGAGUAGAGCUUGAUCUACCAUCAGGUAAGAAUGACGGCUCCAUCGGCGGAAAGCAGUACUUCAAGUGCAACCCCGGCUACGGGCUCCUGGUGAGGCCGGGCCGGGUGCGGAGAGCGGCGGGCGCGGGGCGGCGGCGCAGCGCGGGGCUCCGGCUGCAGGGCGCCGCCGAGGCCCGCAGGAGCGGCACCUUCUCGGGCUCUGCCACCAACCUGGCCUCGCUGACGGCACUGGCCAAGGCCGAGGGCGGAGCAGCUCUGCGGGCUGAGAGGACCCAGAAGAACCCCGAGAACCGGAAAUCCUGGGCCAGCUGAGCGGGCCCGCGGGGCCCUGCUGGGGUCGCCGCGCCCUGGCCGCCGGCCUGCUCCCCCGGGCUUCCUCGGCAGACACUAACCAAGAAGGGAAGCCGGGGGCCGCUGCUCAGAACCUUUCCAGUGACGCCCCGGGGAGUUGGCCACAGAGUGGCGGAGUUCCUGGGAGGCGGGGGGCUCCCUUCCCUCUGGGGUGGGAGCGGGGGCGGUGAAUGCUUGCUGUAGGCUGCGGGUCUGGGGGUGCCCCGUUUCUCCCAGGACUCCUGACGCGUUUCGUUUCUCUGUUCAGGGAAAGAGGCUUCUCAGCUGCCGCCUCAGGGUAGCAGGGUUGAAGGUCCUCAGAGUCCAGAGAGUUCCCACCCGGGCGGAGCCAGGCUCUGGGGUGCCACGGAGUUCCUUGUCUCCUUCCCGGCCCCUUCAUGCUUGUCUGGGAGCUUUCCCCACCUGGGCCUUUUGUUGCUCUGUCCUUUUUUCUAUUCUGGUGAUCCCGUUAAUCUCUUAAUUUAAAAAUAAUCAUAACUAGUGUCUCCUUCCUUCCCCCAAAGGCGGGGCCUCCUGCCCUGCCUCUAAGGCUCCCCACCACCCCACCUUCCUUACAGGCCUGGUUGUGGAGCUCCUCCUCAUUCCCCGCCCCACACUCGCAAUACAGUUCCCAUAACUGCCUCUGGCUUCCCUCCUGAGGCUCCUUGCAAACAGAAUAAUGGCCCUGUGUCCUGAGGCCUGCUGGGCCUGAGCCACCUCCUCUUUACCCAUUUCCUUUCAACAGGUUUCUUUGUGGGUGUUUUAACGUCUUUAAACCUGGAAAGUGCACCCCCCCCCCCCCCCGCCAUUUAUACCCUUAACAGAGUGCUUGGAAUUUAUUUAUUUAUAUUUAUUUUUCAAAAUCCAAAAUCAUUUGCGAUCCACAAUCGAUCCCCGCCUCUGCCUGGGCAUGGGUGUCCAGGGCAUCCCUUUAGCCAGUUGGGAGCCACCCAGCCUCCUGCUGGAGUUGGAGAGCCCGGGCUGUGGCCAGAGCUGAACAGGGCAAGGGAUUUAUUUAAGCCCCUCCUUUAUUGUUCCUGUAAUGCAGAUACUCAAGUGGCCUUAAGAUGAAAGCAAAAACUUGUAGAAUUAUGUUGUUUUGUUUCUUUAGUCAGUAACAAAGUAAGUUAGGAGUAUCAGUACUUUAUUUGGUGCAAUUUUGGUUUCUGGGAAGGUCUUGGAGACCAUUUUAGCUUCUUGGCAAUUCAUAUCCCCUGACUCCUUUAGCUGAUCCUA